ACUCCUGGGAUCCAUCACUCGGAGACUCCACCCCCCCCCAUUUCUUCACAGCCUUCAGCGACGGAACUGAGCCGAGCGUUUGUGGGCUGCUGGGCAGGCGGUUGCGGUCCUUCCUGAAGGAGGGUGUCAGCCCAGGCUGUAAGACUAGAUAGUUAUGAAAGCCCCAGCAGCGAGGUAUUGGAUAAGAACAUGGAUUUUGGAGCGGCAGAGGUGUGGUUUCCAAUCAAGGAAUCACCAUAGAUGUCAGUAAGCUCAGAUUCCAAAUGAAAAUGUUUGAGAGCGUUGACUCUACAGCUACAAAAUCUGGCCCUGAUCUUUGGGCUGAAAUCUGUUCCUGUCUGCCAAAUCCUGAUCAAGAAGAUGGUGCCAACAAUGCCUUUUCAGACUCCUUUAUGGAUUCUUACCCUGCAGGCACAGGCCAGAGGGAGGCCCCAGAUUUUGCUGAUCAGCCAGCUACAAAGCCUUGGGCUCCCUUGCAGGAUUCAGAAGUGUAUUUAGCAUCUCUAGAGAAGAAACUGAGAAGAAUCAAAGGUUUAAAUCAGGAAGUAACUUCUAAGGACAUGCUUCGAACCUUGGCCCAAGCCAAGAAGGAAUGCUGGGACCGCUUCCUCCAGGAGAAGUUAGCAUCAGAGUUCUUUGUGGAUGGAUUUGAUUCUGAUGAGAGCACCUUGGAACAUUUCAAGAGGUGGCUCCAGCCAGAUAAAGUAGCCAUCAGUACAGAGGAGGUCCAGUAUCUGAUUCCUCCAGAGUCCCACGUUGAGAAGCCAGUGGCCGGGGACCAGCCAGCAGCCGCGGAACAGUAAAUUGCACACACGCACGCCAAGCAGCUGUCUUGGGUCCAGAGGGAACAGCGGAGCAGCAAGGAGAAAUCUAAGGAGGGAGGGUAGCCCACGCUCCCACUCAACAAAGCAAACAGCUGUGGGCCCCUGAGGACUGGCCUGGGGCUGGCAUGUGUGACUGUCCUGGAUAAAGUGACUGACCCAGCACAUGCUGGAUCAAAAUACCGCUUUCCUCUGUGUCUCACACCUUGCCUGAGCCCUGUUGCUACAGGUGAGAAGUCUGCUAAGAAUCUAGUGAAGGAGCAAGUAUGAAAGUAUUUGGAGAAACUGAUAUCCUUGUGUAGAAUAUAUAAGCUCAGUGAGCCAUAUUUUUGCUUGCCUCUUCUGGAUGUUCCUGCCUGUAUCCCAAGUAUUUCUUUGGUUAAUUGUCAGUGGUAAGUGAGGCCAAGGAGAAUCAAAUCUGCCUCCUUGGAUCCACACCCCACGUGGGGCUCCUCUAAGUUUGUAAUAAAUAUAGAGACUUUAGGAAAAGAGGCCGCACUUUUCCUUUGUCUGAUUUGUUCCUUGUGGAGAAAAGGGACAACAGUGUGACAACUUGAGUGUUUGUGUGUAUAUGUAUAUUUUUUUAUUUCAUGCAUGGUUUCUCCCCUAAGUUCCUCUUGCACUUAAAAAGGGCCAAGCUUCAAAUUAGACUUGUAAAUUUGGUGUUGGUAUUUGACACCCCUUCUGAAUCGUUCCAAGCUUCUUGCGGCAGCUUUCCUGGCUGAGCCUGUGCUUCCCUGUUUAUAGUGUUCAUGUUCAGUCCGUGUUGUCUACAUAAAGCUUUUCUGAUGAGAA